ACCGCACCAGCCGUUCGUUGUUAGCCCACUCCUUCGUUCCUUGUAUUCUUUAUAAAGGUACAAAACUCACCACCCUCCCCUCCGAAACUACACCGACCACAAAGGCAUCCCUGACCUGCGCGCUAUUAGCCCUUAUUCAACCUUUAGUAAAGUCCCGUAAGGGGUCUAGUUCUUUAGCAGGCCGUUCGUUGGCAACUACUCACAUUCAAGACUCUCUGGGUCCCAAAGCCCCAACUCUGAACCAUGCACUUCGCCACUGCGUCCAGCUCUCCUACGACUCUCAUUUCAGUGGCACACACCGAGCCAAUCCCAUCAGCUACAAGCCUGUUCCUCAUCGCCGCCGCAGCUAGCUCCACCGGCGGUGGGCUCGAGAAGAUCCACCUCGAAGCAGCCUUGAAGAUGUCGAAGUCGAUGGAUAGAGCAGCGCAUAUGUGCGUUGUUACCAGCGCGAUCAAGGGACCGUAGCUGGUCGUAUACGGCGGUAGAGAAAGCAGGUCGGGAAAUGUGUUGGCGGAAUUGAAAUGAUGGGCGAUUGGGGAAUUUGGGGCGCCGAUGCUACAUUGGCGAUGUUCAUGUGCUGGGUUCCUGCAAAUGGAAAUGUAGUUUACACCGCCUUGCUGCGGGCGGGGUUGGAAAGUAGACGAGCUGGCAAUCGGCUGAAGAGCCGGAGUGCUGUAGGUAAUGUAGGCGAUGCUGGAGAUGUUAGGGAGACUUGAUGUGGUG